AUGAUGGAUCUCCUCUCUGCGCCCAGAGAGUUCUUCAGCACCAGUGGAAUCCUCCAAAACCCAGGCCUCCAAAAGAUAUUUCCCCCAAAGCUCAUUGAUCUCGCCAUUGAGAGCCAUAUUGUCUAUUUGGAGAAAAAACCACUCGAACGAGACGAACCGUUCUUCAUCGCGGAUUUGGGUCAAGUCACUCGCCAACAUCGAAGGUGGAAGCAGAAUUUGCCUGAAGUGCAUCCUUAUUACGCGGUAAAAUGCAACUCUGACCCAACACUACUCAAAUGCCUCGCCGACCUAGGUGCCGGCUUCGACUGUGCCUCCGUGCAAGAAAUGCAAACAGUUCUGAAUCUCGGCAUAGAUCCAGCUUUCGUUCUGUUUGCAAAUCCGUGCAAAUCACCCAUUUCUAUGGACUUCGCACGUCAGGUCGGCGUGACGCGUACAACUUUUGAUAACUUUGAUGAAUUGGAGAAAAUCAAGCUGCAUCUGCCCAAUGCGGAACUCUUACUGCGUAUUUAUGCAAGUGAUGAAAGCGCCUUGAUUUGCUUGGGUGAUAAAUUUGGUGCGCCUUUGGAUACGACUGAGGAUCUUCUCUUGAGGGCAUGGGAUCUCCAACUGAAUGUUGUUGGAGUUAGUUUCCACGUUGGAACUGGAGCUUCAGAUUCAGCGGCUUUCUGUCAAGCUAUCAAAGACGCCCGACAUGUGUUGAGCCUCGCUAAACGGCAAGGUUUUAAUCCUACGGUACUCGACAUUGGCGGCGGAUUCCAAGACAGCCACUUUGAGUCGAUGGCCUCGAUUGUCACUAAGGCCAUCCGCGAACAAUUCCCCUCUGGUGUGACGGUGAUUGCGGAGCCAGGCAGAUAUUAUGCUCGCGGUGCCUACACACUGGUUUCUCAGGUGAUCGCACGACGUUGCCAAGUCGGCAAGCAAGCUGCUGCUGGGGUUCCAGACAUGCUGUACCAGAAUGAUGGAGUGUAUGGUAACUUUAUGAAUGUCAUAAUGGAAAAGGAAAAGAUGGACCCUUGUUUGUUUCUUGGGAAAAGGUCAAAAGAAGAAUCCCCGGUGAAAACGACACCAACCCCAGACAAAGACAAAAUUCAUAGUCCGCAAACUGCAGCUGCAGGUCAUCGCUACUCAAUCUGGGGCCCUACUUGUGACAGCACGGACUGUGUCGUGCGCGAAAUGGCCUUCGACUCAGAGGUGAAGGUGGGAGACUGGCUUAUAUACAGGAAUAUGGGAGCGUAUACCUUAACCACUGCAACCCGGUUCAAUGGCUUCAAUCACGCACAAAAUAUCCUCUAUGUUAACAGCGAGACGAUGGCGAACUAUUAG